ACGGGGGGCAGAUAACGGUCUUGAGCCUAAUCGGUGUAGAAUAACUUCAACUGCUACGGAGUGAUGUCCCUUGACAAGUGUUCUGUUAUAUAAUGCAAGGGAAAGGGUAUGGGGAAAUUAUGACAGCAUCAUUGAGGAUGACCAACCAGGGCUGGAAUGGGAGCUGUCAAAGGAUGAUUCCGCAACCCAUCAGCCCCUGACAGUGAUAUGGCCCCACCAACCACUAACAGUGCAGCUGAAUGCAGAAACAUGUAGAGUGUGUAAGAUGUUAACCGGAGGCAGAUGGUUAGCGCCAAGGUACACCUUACCCAAAAUGAGAUGGUUGAGGGAACAUUUGCAGUCAGUAAAGAGCAGAUUGAGGAGGAAAUUGAGGACACACUAGCCACAGUCCUGGAAAGGGCCUAGGACAAUGUGAGGAGGUGUGUUUAGUAUUUAAAAGUUACAACUCUUGCAGUCCAAAUUUGGGUGUCGCAGCAGAACAACAGACCAUCAUACAAGACUAAGGUGUGGCAGUUUCCAUCCCUUGACCACACAGCCACCACUGUGGUUCAUCAUAACCAAUAGGGAUUGUCCUCUCACCCCACAAUGCUGAUCAGACAUAAAGAUUGAUGAUUGCCGACAGUACAGCGGACAUAUUCUGGGAGUUUUGUGUCAGAUUUCUUCAAUGAAGAUAUGAUGGAGUGACAAUUUAAAGGUUCUGACAAGAAAUGACACAGUUGGAUGUACAAUGUAGAUACCGUUGCUGACAUUAAUUGAAACAUAAGGCAGAAAAAGAACAAAUCAGAAAAAUGUCUUCCAGCCAGAUUGUUGUCCAUUUCCUGCUAUCCAUUAGUAUUUUUCUCUCUGUAUUAAUUUCGUCAUCAGCUGAGGACUUUGCGGUAACAUUUUCGAAAGAAGAACAAUUACCGAAGUGGACGUUUAUAGGCAAUGUUUCAGACGCACCAGGAUUUAUGGAGGCUAUACCCAUUGAGGAUCGUGAUCACCUGUUAUUUAGCUUCCUGCAGCAGACUAAUAUAAAGUCAAUGAUAACAAUUCAUGAUGAGACCGGUUCCCUGUACACAACUGUGGUAAUUGACCGAGAAUCCAUCAUGGAAUGCAGGGUACCAGCACCUUGUACUCUGAAGUUUAAUAUCGCAGCGCGUUCAAGCCGUCCAAAUAGCCCAUUGUUUGAAAUUAUUUCCGUGACUGUUAUUUUCGAAGACAUAAAUGACAAUGCACCCACUUUUCCAAAAGAAAAACAAACUAUUGAGAUAUCAGAGUCAGUGGUUAAUGGGUCAACGUUUGUCAUUGAAAAUGCAGUUGAUGAUGAUGCUGGAAUUAAUUCAAUACAGUCUUACCGGCUUGAAGGGUACACUAAUAUAUUUGCUCUUGAAGUGGAACGAAAACUGGACAACAGUCUUUCAGUCAAGCUGGUUGUCAUAGGAAAACUAAAUCGUGAAAAUCGUGACUGGUAUGAGAGUAAAGUAACAGCAACGGAUGGCGGUAAUCCUCCCAAGACAGGCUCAAUGAUUCUGGACAUUCGAAUACUUGAUGAAAAUGAUAACGCACCAGUUUUUAUGAACACUUCAUACAAUGUUACUAUCCAAGAGGAUGCAAGGUACGGAGCAAGCGUUGCUCAGAUAACUGCCACUGACAAAGACAUUGGCCAGAAUGGAAAUCUUCUAUACCGCUUUAGUCCUCACCAAUCCGAUUUCCAGGCUAUAAGCUCCCUGUUCCAUAUUAAUGAACACACUGGCAUGCUCACCGUGAUCGGCACACUGGUCUACCAACCUGGCAAAGUUCAUCAGAUCAUCAUUGAAGCCACGGACCAGGGUGUUCCCCCUCUCUUGUCCACAAAUCAGGCAAUUGUCACUGUCAAUAUUAUGGACACCGGUAACAAUCCUCCAGAAGUGCGUAUAAACUUGGUCAAUUUUGGAACUGGUAAAGUGAAGAAUAUAUCUGAGCAGGCUGUUAAAGAGACUUUUGUAGCUCAUGUGGAAGUGAAAGACGAUGACACUGGAGAAAAUGGCAAUGUUACAUGCAGAAUCAAAGAGAAUCCAUUGUUUGCAAUAGAACCAAUGUCAAGAAUAGGAUUUAAAGUUGUGGUAAAUGGAAAUUUAGAUAGAGAGAAGCAGGAUAUGCAUAAUGUUGAGGUGAUAUGUAAUGACUUUGGACGCCCUGUUCUUAGUGCCUCCGCAAGUUUCAUUGUUCGUGUUACCGAUGAAAACGACAAUGCGCCUGUGUUUACCCAUGAGAAUUACUACGAAGAUAUGUAUGAGAAUAACAAUAGAGGUGAUGUAGUGCUUAGUGUGUCGGCAAAUGACGAAGAUCUUGGAAACAAUUCUGUAAUUGAAUAUUAUGUUGAUAAAACAGUGGACAAUGUGUUUACUAUUGGACCAAGUACCGGAAUAAUUAAAGCUCUUGACAGAUUUGACCAUGAAAGAGAAACAUCAUACACAUUCAAAGUUUAUGCCAAAGAUAAGGGAAGUCCAUCAUUAACCGGGUCUUCUACUGUGACCAUAAGGAUUAAUGAUUUGAAUGACAAUGCUCCUAAGUUUGAUAAAUCUGUAUUCUAUUUUUCUGUAAGUGAAAGAAGACCAAAUGGAACAUUGGUUAACAGGCUAACAGCCACUGAUGCAGAUUCUGGUCAGAAUGCCGAGUUCUCCUUUGUCAUUUCCAACACCCCAGAACCCAACCUGCCUUUUGAACUGUUCCCUGAUGGUGUUAUCAAAACUAAAGGUGUUCUGGACAGAGAGGUCAAGAGCCAGUAUAGGUUUUCUGUUAUUGCAAUAGAUAAAGGAACACCUAGACAAACAAGCAGUUCUAAUGUUGUGAUUCAAGUUGAUGAUGUGAAUGACCACUCUCCAAAAAUCUGGUUCCCAAAGCCAACCAAUGAUACUGUUACUCUUGAUCACUUGAAACCAAGUGGGACAUACAUCACACAAGUCGAAGCAACUGAUGCUGAUGUUGGGGAUAAUGGUAAACUGUCCUAUGUAAUAGAGGAAGGCAAUGGAGAUAGACUCUUCUUGCUUAACUUAAACACAGGGGUUCUUACAAUGGCUCAAGUCCAUGAAGUAGAGAAUGAGUCGGAUGAAGAGUACAGACUGGUUAUUGCUGUGCAUGAUAGUGGGGUACCGCAAAGGUCUGAAAGAUGUGAACUUAAAGUAUUUAUAAAAUACAGUAACGAGACUCUGCCCCUUACAAGGCAUGCAGGGGAAGAGAAGGGGUCAAGUUCCAAUAUGGUCAUAGUGAUUGUGGUCAUUGUUUUGACACUUUGCUUAUCAGUUGGAAUUAUUAUUGUGAUCUGUGUCAUUAGACGCAUGGAUCAAAAUCGGAUGAAGGGGCAAGACAUUCAGAUAAACAAGCUUCCAAAUAAUAUGACUGAAGUGAGAGACAAUAAUUUGAACGGGACAAUUAUGUCGCGGCAUUACGACAAAAUGGACACAUUACGAAAGAAGAAGGAGGUCAGUUUUUCGUUCGAAGAUGACUUGGAUGGGCUCCGAGACCAUGAAAUCAGUUUCUCUAACAACUCUGUCUUCAUGGAGAAUGGAAACGAGGUAGGUCACUGCGGGGACAGACAGACGGGCGGACAAUUGAAGACAUUCCACUUGCAUCACUCCCCCGCAGGCUUCCAAGCACCAACACAGGGAAAGCUUUGGGUAAACCCCCCAACUGGCCAGAAAUCUAUAGAGGGCAAGUCUAGUCGGGAAGAUAACAACAGUGACACAUCGCGGGAGACGGUGACGAGCGACAGCGGGCGUGGGGCGAGUGAUGAGGAGUUUCCACUCGCACACAACACCAGCAGAGAAGACCCCAAUAUUUCCGGUAGUGGUGGAAACUCGCAUCUGCUAAAGUGUUCAAUGCCACCCAGACACAACCACAGUUCUUCAGUACCUCUAAAAAUGGGGCAAAAACAAACUUAUCCACUACCUCCUGCACUGUUCCAAAAUGGCCGCCAACAUGGCCGCCCAAACUCCACAGAUCUCACUGACAGAAUUCCAAAUAACAAAGAAAAUGUUGACAGAUCCUUAUCAAAUUUGGUAGGGAAUGAAAAACCAAAGUUCACAGUGCGUAAACCGUACACAGAUCGUGAAAUCCGCGAUAAGAAGUCAGAAAGUUGGGUGCCCUCAUAUGUGUAGCACUAAGUGUGACAAAGUGACAGUACUUGGGCUACAGUAUCAAACAUGAACUAGAAUAAUCAAAAGGGAUAUUUGAGAUUUGAAAUUUGACUGACCCUCUCAAUGCUUUAUAUAAGUUUUACCUUUGUUUUGUUUUUCUUGAACUUUUUUUUUACCUUGAAAACAGGCCACUCUGAAAAAACAACAACAACCGUUCUCAAUUUCAUACAAAUCGUAAAAGCCAACUUUUUAACCUUUUCUUCACUAAUUGCCAUCAUUGUUUUUUGAGAAAAUAGUAUUAUUCAUACUAGCAUCAUUUAAAGUUUAUAUUUUAUUUUAUUUUUCGAAGUCCACCAUGGUAUUUAUUUUUUGGAGAAUAAGCGGGGUAAAAAAUGAGCCUUGUUAACUUACCCUUAGGUUUUGUUAAUGAUGAUUUAUUGGAAAGUUAAGGAUUUAAUUAAUAUUUUAAUUAAACGAUUCUUGAAAAUUUAGCUUUGUGAGGGUCAUCCAAAUUCAUCUAUGCAAGAAUUUGUCUGUGAUAAUUAUAUAUACUUUGCUGUAAAUAGAAAAUCCCUUUGUGUUUGAGACCUUUUAGUAAUGAACAAAGGUUUCGUCAGUGCUAUGAUUUUCACACAAUGUUUUUCACAUCUCACUAUUUCAAAAUAUUCAAAAUAAAUUGCUAGUCUGUUUGACAUCAAAGGUAUAAUUUGUGAGAGCACGGAUAUCAUAUCCUUAAAUUAUACUAUUGUGUAUUCUAUAAGUGCAAUGAAUAUAUGUAUGUCUGUGGUGUACGCUUUAUCAUUAUGUCUAAAAACAUGUCUUGUAUGAUUUUAGAAGAAAUAGCCUGAAUCUGAUUCAAAACUGUUAAACAAACCAAUGAAAUAAGCAUCAUCUGUUAUUGUAUUUAUUUUAUCUAGAAAUUUCAUUGUUAUUCUUUUUCUGACUACCAACAAAAUAGUACCAAAGAUAUAACGAGAAAAGCCAGAUAAAUAAUCAUUAAACGCCUCAUAAACAGCAUAUGUAUGAAUAUUCUAAAGGUUUUACUUCUCUUGAACGCUUAAUCAUUCUAGCAGAUUUCAUUGUUCGUCUGUAUAUGUAUAGCUGUUUAUCAGGAAAAGUUUCAAUUUGUCAAGCACUAUAUUGCAAUCUUUGACAGUGUCCCGUUAAUCCCACCAUUAGUUCUCAUUAAGGCAGAUAUUAAGAAAAGCUCAUGAUGCAUUAUUCAUUAGCUACUGCAGCGCCGAGUAAAUACCUCCGCGGAGUCCUUGAUUAGUAGGAGCAUGGGAUGUCACAAAUAUGGUAACAACAAUUAUGUAGUCAAGGGCUGCACUCGAUUUUUUCCCUUCUAAAACACAUAGUUUUAAUCAAUGAAUUAAGGGGCUUCUUGAUUCUCCUCCAUUGUCAUCUAUCUUUGAAUGACACUAUCCGCUGUUUUUACUAGGAGUUCCAUUAAUAUUUUCACCAUUACGGUCAGUGUAUCCAUUAUUAAAGCCUUGAUGUUUCCGACAGCACAUGAAAUAACUACAGUAGAAAAUGAGAACCAGGGUCUUCGACUGUUUUGCAUUCUUGGACGCCCUUUGUUACCCAAAUGAAUAAAGACAUCUUAGCAGGGAUCUGUAGGAAUUUCAAAAUGAUCAUUAUAUCUCCGGGAACUAUGUAGUUAAGAUGUAGCCGGACAUGUGCUUUGUGUCAGCUGCCAGUAUGACCAUACAAGCUAUGAGAGGUUACAUGCUUUUUGGUGAUCAGUUAUGUCCAGGACGGGGCAAUGACGUGUUGAGUCACCCUCGAUGGCCUUGUUUACUCAUACUGACCAGCAACUGUAUGCACAUUUCAAAGUAUAGCUAUUUAACACUGUCAAUGCCGUGAUGUUGUUAGUCAUCAUAAUUAUCAUGUUCAAACUUAAUUUUACUUGCAAAUCGAUCACUGUUUAAGUUAAGUCAUCAAACAUUAUGAUACAAAGCUGUAUUAGUGCAUUUUCAAUAUUAACAUUGAGUAUAUAUUUAUGUUUAAUUUAUAUUUAUUAACCAUGAUAUAAUUUUUGCAUCGAUAUUGUUUUUGUCCAAACACCAUUAUGUCUAUCAUACAACUAUUAUGAUAUUAUAUAAUAAGGGAGGUAAUUACUCAAAAUCUUACUAUGAUUAUAUAGCAAUAAUGUAUUAAUUUGUUUCAUAAUAAUGCGUAUGACAAAAAAAAGAUGUCAGUGAAAACUUUAAAAAUAUUCAAACUUAACCUUUUGUAACUUUAACAUAAAUUUUACAAGUAGCAAUUUUGUGUAAUGAUUAUAAUGUUGGAUGGUUUACCUUGAAGAUGAAACUUUGUAUGCAAUUAGAACAAAGCUUGUAUAUAUUUGAAUAAAAUUACAACACAUUAUCAAGAUUAUGUGGCAGCAGGUCCCAUAACUCUGGCUAUUUUUUGUGAAAUUAACCCUCUUUGUUCAAUGAUAAAAAAGAAUCAGCAUUUGGCAUCCCCUUUCUGUGCAGUUGUAUCUUGUUUGUACCAUUCUUUGAUUAUGGUCCUGGCCGGACAUUAAUGGCCCUGAUCUGUUCUGUAUGUGGCAAAAUUCAGUGUGACAUUAAUGUCUUCAGCUAACACUGAACUGAUACACCUGUCGUGUUAGCACGUUGAUUAAUUACUGAUCAGGUAUUAAUUGAUUACUCCUCUCUACUUUUACGAUGUGUUCAAUGACUCUUUGUGGUCUUUCUAUAUCUACCUCCUUGCUUCCGGUUUUCGUUCUUGUUUUCGCAUUACCUUUGCACAGGGGUUCUUAAGUUGAGGGUUUAUUCUGAAUUAAGAUUUAUAGAUUUUAACUUGAGACUAUUGCAUAGUUGUUAAGAUUGUUUUUUAUUCGGAUAUUUGCAUCAAAAAUAGUAUGAAGUACCUUGAAAUGAAUAUAAAUGAAUAUGUUUAAAAUCUUUAUAGGGUUCUAAGCCCAUUUUCCCUGCUUUGGCAUAAAUCUCAUAUACUCAGACAGAGCCCUCUGGCUAUUUUUCAGGAUAGACAAUUCUCAGCUGUAAGAACCCCUGCUCUUACGCAAAUUCAGACAUUUUUUACACAUUUUGUUGAUGAAAUGCACACGUUUAUUGAUGUUAACCAUUUCAAAAAAUGGAGAAGUAAUUUAUAACAUUUCUCAUGUUUUAUGUUAAGAAACGUGAGUCUCCUCAAAGUGUUCAAGUCGUUGUUGCUAUGUGUAUUAGUUGAUGUGAAUGUAUGUAUAUUUAUGUUUGUAUACAUUAUUUUCCAGUCAUAAAGUAUUGAUACCCAUGUUUUUAUAUUAUUUAAUUGUAAGUUCAAAUGAACAAAAAUAAAUUAUGAAAUGACA